GUGGAGCAGAGCUGCUUCUGGUUGAAAGGCCAAGAGCGCCGUCCAGAGAGAGCCACACCCCCUCUCCAGUGGAGGAAGGGCUACCACCGUCAACACCCGCAGCGGCAGCAGGAACAAACCGCCCAUCCCAAGGCACUUUGAGAAAUUCAGGAUGCGGAUGUCUCCGGUCUCUGCCUGCCUCGCCCUGGGCCUGGCCCUCAUCUUUGGUGAAGGGUCUGCCUCCUACCAGCACCAGUCUCCAGCGGCCAGCCUGGCCACAGACUUUGGAGUGAAGGUGUUUCAGCAGGUGGUGCAGGCCUCCAAGGACCGCAACGUGGUUUUCUCACCCUAUGGGGUGGCCUCGGUCCUGGCCAUGCUGCAGCUGACCACAGGAGGAGAAACUCGACAGCAGAUCCAAGAGGCAAUGCAAUUCAAGAUUGAAGAGAAGGGCAUGGCCCCUGCCCUCCACCGACUGUACAAGGAGCUCAUGGGGCCGUGGAACAAGGAUGAGAUCAGCACAGCCGACGCCAUCUUCGUGCAGCGGGACCUAGAGCUGGUCCGCGGUUUCAUGCCCAACUUCUUCAGGCUGUUUCACACCACGGUCAAGCAGGUUGACUUCUCUGAAGUGGAGAGAGCCAGGUUCAUCGUCAACGACUGGGUGAAAAGACACACAAAAGGCAUGAUCAGCGACUUACUUGGUGAGGGGGCUGUGGACUGGCUGACGCGCCUGGUCCUGGUAAAUGCCCUCUACUUCAACGGCCAGUGGAAGAUGCCCUUCCUGGAGUCGAGCACCCACCACCGCCUCUUCCACAAGUCCGACGGCAGCACCGUCUCUGUGCCCAUGAUGGCUCAGACCAACAAGUUCAACUACACUGAGUUUACCACCCCCGACGGCCAUUACUACGACAUCCUGGAAUUGCCCUACCACGGGAACACUCUCAGCAUGCUCAUUGCUGCCCCCUAUGAGAAAGAGGUGCCGCUCUCUGCCCUCACCAGCAUUCUGGACGCUGAGCUCAUCAGCCAGUGGAAAGGGAAUAUGACCAGACUGACCCGCCUCCUGGUUCUGCCCAAGUUCUCCCUGGAGACCGAAAUCGACCUCAGGAGGCCGCUGGAGAACUUGGGAAUGACUGACAUGUUCAGGCCGAGCCAGGCGGACUUCUCCAGUCUUUCAGAUCAAGAGUUUCUGUACGUGUCGCAGGCGCUGCAGAAAGUGAAGAUCGAGGUGAAUGAGAGCGGCACGCUGGCGUCCUCCUCCACAGCCGUUAUAGUCUCAGCCCGAAUGGCCCCCGAGGAGGUCAUCAUGGACAGACCCUUCCUCUUCGUGGUGCGGCACAACCCCACAGGAACUGUCCUGUUCAUGGGCCAAGUGAUGGAACCCUGACCAUGGGGAAGACAGCCCUCAUCUGGGACAGACUAGAGAUGUCCAAGAGGAAGAAAGUCUGGAGCAAAGAAUUAUUAAUUCAUUUUUCUGGAAAAAGAGAAGAUAUUUAUUUAUUUUUUUUUCCAUGGUAAAUUCUUUCAAAUUUGCCUCUUAGACCUAACUUUGGGCUCUCUCAGGAGGGGCAAAGAGGACCUUUGAGUUAAACCCUCCAGUGGAGACCCUGGGAGAGACUGGGAGGCAUCACACCCAGCUGGCCUCCCAACUGGACUGCAGGACUCCCAGGACCGCUGGCCCAGCUGCUUCUGCCCAUCGCUCUGCCAGGUCAGGUCUUGGGUCCCGGAUCCCACCGAGGCCCUGGUAGGAUGGCACCACAAGUCUUACACGAAGGAGCUUUUGUGUGCUCGCUAGAAAUGUGUGUUCCGGUCACGUUGCCGUCACUCUUCCACUGUCCGCCACUGCUGAGAAGGCUGGCAGCAGGCCCGAGAAGGC